CAUACUUAAGCAUGGAAAUGACGAUACUGUCAUGAGUCUUUUUUUGUUUUUUUACUUUUUUUUUUCAAGUUAGCUAGGGUUUUAGUUUGAACCAUAUGCGAUUAUAUUGAAAUAACCGAACUUGUGUAUAACUGGUGGUAACAAUGUUUAUUGACUGUAUUGGUGGCUUGAGUUUGGUUUUUUAGGGUUUGGAGCUGUGGCAUUGUGCAGAUUGUGAUGUUAUUUGACACUGUUUGCAUAUAUGGUUGCUUUCUUGUUCAUGAGAAAUUAUGCAGAUAUUAUUGAAUCGCACGACGCUUGCUAUUAGGUCUAGUAAAGCUAAGGGUGGUGAAGAUGGUGAUUCCAAAGUCAAACUAGUGGAAAAACAUCAGUGAACUGUAGUACUCGAAAGUCAGAGCGAUUUGAGAAGCAGAUAAAAAAAUUCAAUUCAAUGACUUCCCCAGUUAAGAGGAAAUCUGAGCAAAUUGAAAAGCAGAAGAAUUUGAGUCCUCUGAGCAGGUCUGAGAGGGAUAAGAUGCUCUCCUCAUCUGGUUCUUUGGGAUCAAAGAAUUCUGAUAAGAGUCCUGGGUCCUUCGAUAGAAAAAGGAAGAAAGAAGAAAACAGUGUGAAACCAUUGACUACGCGAAGUGUAGAAGUUAAACACAAUGAGCAAGAAGAUGGGCAAGGUGAGGCACAGAAGAAGAGGAUGGAUGCUCGUGCCUAUAGAGCAUUGUUAAGGAAAACACCUCAGCAAGUUUAUAGAGCUGAUCAUUGCGGUGAUCUGAACAGAACUGAUUGUGGAAACAGGGAGGUGGAACUUUUAGAAAAACUCACCGAGAGAACUAGUGAAAGGUCUGUGGUGGCAAGUACAAAUCAAUCUGUAAAGGGAGCAUUUGAGCAUAAAUCAUUUUCUACUUGCCAAAAGGAUAGUUGCAAGGAUAUGUCUUCAACGAAGGAUGUUCCACAAAUUGUUAAGAAUCGUUUGGUAGAUGGAGAAGUUAAUGAUGAUGCUGGAAAGGCCAUGCAGGAAAAUCUGCGAAGUCCAAAGGUCAACUGUGGUUCAAAAAAGCAGGAGACUUGCUCUUUUAAUGCAAACCAGUUAUUUGGAUCCUCUGAUACUAAGGAUAGAGGGGAACCCGAUGCUGGUAUUAGCACGGGACACACUGAAAAGCCCUGUAGUCCUAUGCAACAAUGCAUCUCCUCUGCAGAUCUUCAAACAUGCAAUGAUCAAAAUACUUGCAUUGUAUGCAAACUUGAUGGGAAGCUCUUACGCUGUCAUGGAAAAGGUUGUCAAAGAAGUUAUCAUCUUUCGUGUCUAGAACCUCCCCUUGAGGAGUUCCAUCUUGGAGUUUGGUACUGUCUAUCAUGUGUGAGGAAAAAAUUAGAAUCAGGGGUGCAUUCGGUUUCAGAGGGAAUAGAAGCAAUUUGGGAUUCUAGAGAACUAGAGGCUUUGGAGGAUGGAUUGCGAGGACAGAAGCAAUAUUUUGUGAAAUACAAAGGUCUUGCUCAUGUUCAUAAUUGUUGGUUACCUGAGAACCAGGUGUUGCUUGAAGCUCCAUCACUUGUAGCUAAAUAUAACAGAAAAAAUCAGGGUUCUGUGUGGAAGCAACACUGGGCAGUGCCACAUCAUUUGCUACAGAAAAGAUUGUUCAUUACCAAGGAUUGUGAUCGUCAUUGUAAUGGGCAUGAUGAUGAUAAGUUAUGUUGUCAUGUUGAGUGGCUUGUGAAAUGGUGUGGUCUUGGUUAUGAGCAUGCUUCAUGGGAGUUGGAUAAUGCUUCCUUUUUCCGUUGUCCAGAAGGCCAGAGCCUUAUACGAGAUUAUGAAACUUGUUUCAAGAAGGGAAAGAAAUCUUCUAAAUUUAAGGACAGAGCAGGUACAUCUCUAAAGUUUUCUCAAUUACCAGCUGGUGUUUCAUCUGGAAUAGAUGCUAAUCUUGAUUCUGUUAGCAAACUAAGCAACCAUUGGCCUAGGAGCCAGAAUGCUGUAAUUUUUGAUAAUCAGGAAAGGAUUCCAAAUGUUAUUUCUUUCAUUAUGUCUUUUCCAUCUGACAAGUCAAGGCCUUUUCUCAUUAUCUCAACUUCCACUUUACUAUAUCUAUGGGAUGAGGAGUUCUUGCGUUUGGAACCAGCUACUGAUGUUGUGGUUUAUAGUGGCAGUAAAGAAAUUCGGAAUAGCAUUAGGAACCUGGAGUUUUAUGAAGAAGGAGGUUGUGUAAUGUUUCAAGUACUUAUAACCUCACCUGAAGUUGUCAGCGAGGACUUGAAUGUGCUUGAUUGCAUAGGAUGGGAGGUAAUAGUACUCGAUGAAUGCCAACGUCCAACAAUUGCUUCAUGUUUUGAACAAAUUAAGAUGUUAACUGCUAGUAAGAGGCUUCUGAUUAUCAGCAGUCAACUGAAGGAUAAUGUGGUUGAGUACCUUAAUCUUCUUUCUCUGCUUGAUUCUGAGAGUGAUUCAAAUGGUAGUGACAGCUUGCAAAUGACUUCAAGUGAUAAUAUUGCUAUUUUGAAGGAGAGGUUGGCAAAGUACGUCGCUUAUGAAUCAUCUAGGUUUGUAGAGUAUUGGGUUCCUGUACUCUUAUCCAAUCCACAGCUGGACCAGUAUUGCUUUACUCUACUUUCAAACUCUCUCUCACUGUGUUCACCUUCAAAGACUGAUCCUGUAGGAGCUCUCCGUAACAUUCUUAUCACCAGCAGAAAGUGUUGUGAUCAUCCUUAUGUUGUGGAUGAAUCCCUUCAAAUGCGGCUCACUAAAGGCCUUAAAGAUGUUGAGUUUUUGGAUGUUGGCAUAAAAGCAAGUGGCAAAUUACAACUACUUGAUGCAAUUCUUUUGGAGAUCAAGAAACGAGAGUUAAAAGUGCUUGUUCUUUUCCAGUACACUGGUGGUUCUGGAAGGGAUUUAAUGGGAGACAUUUUGGAUGACUUUCUGCGCCAAAGAUUUGGUGCAGAUUCUUAUGAACGCGUAGAUGGUGGUGUCACCCCUUCAAGGAAGCAAUCUGCUUUGAAUAAAUUCAAUAAUGAGAGGAAGAGAUUUGUCUUCUUAUUGGAAACUCGUGCUUGUCUUUCCAGCGUCAAAUUAUCUGCAAUCAGUACCGUCGUAAUAUUUGGAAGUGAUUGGAGCCCAGUGAAUGAUCUAAGAGCAUUGCAGAAGAUAACACUUGAUUCUCACUUUGAAGAAAUAAAAGUAUUUCGUUUAUAUUCAGCAUUUACUGUGGAGGAAAAGAUUUUGAUGCUUUCAAAACAAGACAAGACACUUGAUAGCAACAUAGUGAACAUAAGCCCUAGUAGUAGUCACAUGCUGCUUAAAUGGGGGGCUCCGUACCUACUUAGCCAGUUGGAAAAAAUUCAUGGUAUCCCAGCCUUGGAUGCAAGUAACUUGCCUGAGCAAUCACUUCUGAAAGACGUGAUUCAAGAGUUCUUUAUCUUACUGAGUCAAACUGGGAUAGACAAUGAUGCAAGCAAAUUAUCCCUAAUUUUACAAGCCAAACAAAAUCAAGGAAUGUAUAGGACAGAAAUGCCAUUGUUUGGCGAGCAGAAAAUCCAAGUGAUGAAUGAAGAUCCACCUCAUAUAUUUUGGACAAAACUUUUGGAGGGAAAGAGUCCGAGGUGGAAGUAUUGUUCUUCGUUUCAGAGGAACCGGAAAAGGGGUCAAUACCUCGAUGAUGUCCAAAAGAAAUCUGAGGUUGAAAGUGCUGAAGUUGUAAAGAGACGCAAGGUGGUCAAUGAUGGAAACGAUCAUCCCUCUCCAAAACAUGGGCUGCAAGAGGACAGACAAGGAAGCUCAGGAACCUCAGUAUCUCCUUUGAGUAAAUUGGCUGAUCCUGUGAGUGAUAAAAUUCAUGCAACCAACUCAAUUGAUCUGGCCAAUGAUAUCUCAGAAACACCAUCUCUUAACAUGGUAGAAUGGGAGAGAAGAAGAAAACAGCUUGAUUCUCAGAAGACUCUCUAUGUUAUUUUGUGGCCACAGAUAGCAAAACUAUGUGAAGUUCUACAUCUCUCAGAGGGUGUGAGGGAUUUAGCUGGAAAGUUUCUUGAAUAUGUCAUGAAUAACCAUCUGGUCAAUAGGGAACCAGAGACCAUUUUGCAGGCAUUUCAGAUUUCUCUGUGUUGGUGUACAGCUUCUUUGUUGAAGCAGAAAAUUGAUCAUAAAGAAUCACUUGCACUUGCAAAGCAGCAUCUUGGCUUUACCUGCAAGAAAGAAGAGGCAGCCUAUGUUAAUUCAUUGCUGCGGUGUCUGAAGAGAAUGUUUGUAUAUCGUACAGGAUGUUUGAAGGUUUCAAAUUCUUCCAAAGAUUCUGAAUUAUCAAGUAAAGCUGAUGGAAACACAGAGGAUAAAGAUUCAUUGAGGUUUCAAGAGGCUUCUGAUGCACAGGUCAUUGCAGCGUCUGGAGUGUCCCGAGAAUUUCAAUUGGCACAGAGAGAUCUUGUAAAAAGCAUCAACGAAAGUGAGAAAAAAUUUGAUAAGCAGUUGACAAAACUAACUGAGAAGCAAAAGGAGGAAAUGAAGCAACUUAAAAAGAAGUACGAGGAAGAAAAAGCUCUGCUGGAGAACAAGAAACAAACAGAAGCAGCUGUUAUCCGUUUGCACAGUAAUGCCUUGAUGAGGACUAAUAAGAUAAAAAAUUUGGAUAUUGAAUAUGCUAGGAAGUUUGAUGAACUAAAACAGAGGAUGGAUAUAGACCUUAAGAAUCUCGAGGCAUCGCAGGUGGCAGCAAGAAGCAAUGUUUUAGAGAGAAAGACUCGUUGGGUGGAAGCAGUUAAGUCCUGGGCUAGGGUUGAAUUAGUGAAGCCACCUAUUAGCAAGGCUAAUCUUCCUAAAGGAAGUUCUUCAAGUUCUGUUCAAUCUGCCGAAGGAAAUGAGGUAAGAUUGUCCGAAGUUCUUCUGGACAAAGUUGAUCCCAUUUAUAUGGCUGGACCCUGCAAGGAGAAUUCUAAGGUAGCAUUAAUUGAGGAGGGCAACAAAACUGUCUGUUUGGGUGUUGGUGAAGAACACGCCAUCUACAAAGAUUCGUGUCCCAAAGAACUGGUUUCUGUAGGAGAAAUUCCAAAUGUAGCGGUUCAAGUUCCACCAACUGUCAGUUCAGGUGAUGUUACCGAGAGUGUCCUUUCUCUUAGACGGUUGGAUGAAGACCAGAUUUCUGAUGAAUAUAAAUUGAAAAUGUCAAAUGGUAAUCCUGAGACUGUUUCUCCUACUGAUGCUCUGGAGAAUGUUGUUCCUAUUGAAGCAUGCUCUCGUGAAGAAAUUCCUAAUGGAACCACUUUGAGCAAGCCUAACACGGAGGUUCCCUUGAAAACAGCUAAGAGUGUAAUUAUCUGUGAAGGGGAGGAUAAUCUUGCCUCAGUGCAAGUACCAUCAUCUGAAAUUAAUUCUGAUAUAUAUAAAUUAACGAAGGUUGAUGGUGAGGUUACCUUAAAAGAACCUCUGGUUGCCAAUUUCAAUGCAGGUCAAGAAACCCAUGUCUCAGCCGAAGCACCUUCCUCUGAAAAAAUUCCUGAUGGAGCUGCAUUAGGAAAGGCUGUUGGGGAUAUCUGCUUGAGAACAUCUAAGAUUGUCAAUUCUAGUGGUGGUCAGGAGAAUGUUCUCUUGUUGGAAGCACCAUCACCUGGAGAAAAUCCUGUUAGAACCACAUUAAGCAAUCUUGAUGGCGAGGUUCAUUUAAGAGCAGCUGAGACUGUCAGUUCUAGGGAAGAUCAUGAGAAUUUGCCAUCUUCAGUGGCACCUUCAUCUGAAAAAAUUUCUUGUGGGGCCACAUUAACCAUGGUUGAAGGGGAGCUUGCCUUGAAUGCAUCUGAAGUUUGUCAGGGAAACAUCAUUUCUGUGAACACUUUAUCUGAGAAAGAGAUCCUUGGUGGGGCCACACUGAAUGUGGUUGAUGGAGAAGUUCCAAACAUCUCAUCAGAGAUUGCAAGUUCCAGUGAUGACAUGAAUAAUGUUGUCUGCACGAAUCCCUCUACAUCUAAAGAACAAGAGCAAAUACCUGAUACAGCUGCACUUUCAAUGCCUGCUGAAGAGAUCUCUUUGGCUGAACCUGAAACUGCUUGUAGUGAACUCCUCGAAGGUGGUAGUGCUCAUAGAGAAAAUGAUGGAACAUGUGCCAUCGAAAUUGAUCGGCUUGAUGGCAUACUAUGCUUUAUGAACUUAGAACCUGAAUUCCAAGAACGGUCUCUGGCAGAUCCAUCUUCAUUACAGGCUGUGGCAGAUUUGGUAUCCCCAAAUGUGGGUUCUCUUCCUUAUGUUUCCUCAGGAAUACAAACUAGAGAUGUUGCAAACAAUGAAAUGCGAAAUGCUUCUCAGGUAGCUGAAACUUUACCAUCUAAUGGUGCUGUUGAUGUGACUUGCAAUGUGUCCAAUCCUGAUACACAGCAGUUGGGGUCCACAGAAUCAAUUUUGAACCUCUCUCCUGAUCUACCUUCAGUUAGUGCAACUGAAAAUCAACCAAGCAAUGAUGGUCAACAUGCUAACCUAAUUUCUCAGGCUCAAAGGCAAUCGAUAACCAACCAUAUUGAGAUGUCCAGUCAAGAUGUUUUGCAGCCCCUUCAUUCACCCAUCAAUGGAACCAUUGGUCAGCAUUUGAGGCAGGUUUCAGAAACAAGUACAGCUUCAGUUCCUUCUGUUUCCAGAGGCCAUCCCUUGCAGACUGCACCUCCUGUAUCAUCCCGGAUGCCUUUGCUGUUGUAUCCUGACCCCCUUAAAAAUGAAAUGGAAAGAAUAUCCCAAGAAAGAGACCAGACCAUUAAGGUUCAUGAAGAUACGAAGCUGCAGCUGAAAUUCGAGUGUGAGAAGGAAAUUGAGGAAAUUGCAGCUCAGGUUCGUAGAAAGUACGAAGUUAAACUUCAGGAGAAAGAGACAGAAUUUCUGAUCCGGAAGGAGGAGCUUGAUGUAAAUUAUAACAAAGUUCUCUUGAAUAAUAUAUUGGCUGAGGCCUUCAGGUCUAAAUGUAUGGAUAGUAGGGCAUCUGGCUCAGCAGGAAUACAGCAAGAGGCAAAUUCCAGUUUCAUGCAGCAGCUGCUUCAACUUUCAUCACAACGGAUGGUUCAACAGCCUUCCACUGCUUCUGGUCUCCCUUCAACUGGGCCAGCCACUAGCAUGCAAACUGUUUCACCAGCUGUAGUCAAUACACAAACCAUGGGUCCAUCUUUGUGGCCUUCCGGUGCUUCUGGUCUCCCUUCAACUAGCUCAGGCACUACAACUAGACCUCCCUGUAUGAGCUCCGUCUCUCGCUUUACAGGAAACUUUCAAAUGGGCAGUGAAAUUCGUGCUCCAGCCCCUCAUUUACAUGCAUAUAGACCUUCUGCUUCCAUUUCCUUGAGCAGUGUUCCAUCGCAGUCUCGUGGAAUGUCAAGUCAGCUGUCACACAACCUUGCAUACAGGCAGCUAUCAACUACUGGCCAAGCUGGUAGGAUCCGGCAUGAAAUUGCCGGAGGGUUAGCUGCUCUACCUAACUCAUCUUUACCUUCAAUGGAUGUUCUAAUGGGAAUGCACAAUCAAGUAUCCGGUGCCAAUCCCAAUCCCCCAAGCAACUUGCUGCCAGGUGUUAGUUCAAGCUUGGCCCCAAGUAUUCGGUCGAACCCAGCUCAACAAAGCGGAGGAGCAAAUGACAUUGUUUGCUUGUCAGAUGAUGACUAACUCCCUUGAAAAUGGGGCUGGGUUCUAAAUUACCAGUGCAAGGUCGGAAAAUGGGGCCUGACUUUGCUGCGGAAUUAGCAGUUGUCUUGGUUGUAUAUGAACCAGCAUUGUUUGUAGCUGAUAGUUCUUUGAACUUUGAAAUAUAUAUAUAUUUUUCGCCUAUUUACUUGUGUCUUCAAAUCUUUCUGAAAUUCUAGCCUAGGCUAUUCCUGGGGAUAUGAAUGACGUGCUAUGUGUACUAUAUUUUAUCCAAUUAUAAUAUAGUAAAUUAAUCAAA